AUGUCGUCGAGUCACAAUCGGAAUCCCAGAGGUGUUAACCAGUAUGCCCCCGUUCCAACUGCAGACGACCCUGCUCUCAAAGCCGCCCUUGAGAGUUACCAUCGGCAAGGCCUGACUUCAAACAAGAAGAUUUCUGCGCUUCUCAAAGCUGAUUACAAUAUAGACAUCAAGGACUCUGCUGUCAAGCGCCGCCGCAAAGAGCUCUCUCUCAUGGGUAGUCGUAUAACGACUGCCACCAUGCCAUACAACGACGCCCUUCAGCUUAUUGUCUCGGAGAUGGACGAUGACAUCAGCGGCUCCCGUGGGCUUGCCAACGUCAAGAGUCGCAUCGCAUUUAAACAUGGAGUUCAUCUUUCCCGCGACUUCAUAUCUGAAAUCAUGCAUGCUUUCGACCCUAGAGGCUUUGACCAUCGGGAACCCGGAUCCAAGAAGACAGUCCGCGUCAAGAAAAACCCCCUCGGUAUCCAUGAGCGCUGGGCCGGAGACGGCCACGACAAGCUUUACUCCAUCGGUUUUCCAAUAUGGGGAGUUGUAGACGACGCGAGCUCUAGGUGGCUUGGUGCAUGGGUAGUGCCGAGUAACCGCAUGGGGAGUAUCGUGGCCUAUCUCUUUCUUUGUCUCGUUGAAGAGAUCGGAGGUCUGCCCCUUGAGUUCUCGACGGAUUGUGGUUCUGAAACAACACAGAUAUAUGGCAUUGUCAAUGCCCUAAGGGAAAUGUUCCACGCUGACAUUGAUCCUUCGGUACUCCCCGCCCACCGAUACGUGCGCAGUGUACACAACAUUGGCAUUGAGCGAUCCUGGCUUCGCUUAAGGCUGGAGCUCGGAAACAAUGCCGUACUUGCCUUCCGACGUGGCAUCGAUGAUGGGAUUUACAAUUCCAGUGACACGAAACAUCACGAACUUUGUCAGUGGAUUUGGCCGAAGCUCCUGCGUCAAGAGCUUGCCAGUUUUAUCACUUUUAGGAAUGGUGUCCGUAUGCGCAAGGACAAGAACAAGGCCGGCCCAUCUGGUUGUUCACGGAACGAAGCUUUCAGCCUUCCCGAAUCAUGGGGAGGUGUGAACUGCUUACUUCCUCUCCCAGAAAAUGGUCUUGCGAUUAUCCAUGGAAUGAAGGCUGCUUUGGGAGGACCUGCAUUGCUUGAUUUCGUGACUCCCGAGUUUGCGCAACAAGCAGAGGCGGCCUAUGAGGAGCUAGGCGUGACUGAUCUGACGAUGGAAAAUGUUUGGCUCGUUUUUCAAGACCUUUUGCCCCUGAUAGCUUUUUAG